AUGGAAGAAAAUACUACCAACCCACAGUUGAGCAUUAUGAAAAAUGCUAAAAUUGAAGAUUACAACCUUGCUCAGACCUGAAUUAAUAAUGUGGCGAAGAAGAUUCAAUAUGGCAAAAUCAGUGUUUCAAGCACUGCUAUAGUCAGUUUGGAACCUUUAAAACCGAAAUAAAGACCCAUACUUAGUGAAAAUGGGAAGGCUGUAUUCAAAGGAUCCGGAAGAGAUUAAAAAGAUUAUUCUAUCUAUUCCGAAGAAAAAGAAAGUCAGGUAUCCAGUAAAGUUAAAGAAACCAAAUGUUGAGAGACCUGUUCCGCUGUAUGAGAAGAUGGAGAAAGAAUUUGACCGAAAAUAUAAAGAUCAGGAUAAUAAAAGACUUGAAUUUGGGUAAAGAUUGCAAAAAUGAAGAUCAAAAUGCCAAGUCAAAUCUAGAUAUCAGGAAGGAAUUAUGCUCUAAUUUAGCUAAAAAUAAUCAAAAUCAACCUCUACAAAAGUCUGAGCCUACCUAAAGCUCACUUAUCACAAACUCCAACCUCAAAACUCCUCCCAUCUAAACCAAAAUUCUAUUACCAUCACCCUAUCUAUUACAAGACCCGUUCUCAAGAGCGUAAAUAAGCUUAAACUAAUUGAAAAAUUAAGAUCAAUGCCCAGCUUUCAACAAAGAAUCAAAUAACUAUGAAAAAAUCGUUAAAAUCAAGCAUCCUCCAAAGCAGAUCUCUGAAGAAGACAAGCUGCUUCGUAGCCUUCAGCUUGAGAUGAAUCGGAAUGCAGACCAGCUCAAGCAGGAUAAAUAUAGACAGAAAAUCGAUGCUCUGAUCAAGAAAGCCAAAUUCAAGAUCCUCCUAUCUAAGGAAAUCAUGGGUAAACCAGCUGAAAGCUCAGCUGAUACAUCAACAAAUGUUCUUUUUAAGAAGAAAAAUCUUACCGAAGAAUGCAACCUAGAUCAGUACAAUCUUGCCAAAAUUCAGAAGAACAGGAAAAUUCUGAAGAAGAGGUGCACCAAGAGGAAUCCACUCUUGAGUUCCUCUCUGCAGACCAAAUCACAGAAUUUAUCUGUGGAUUCUAACAAGACACAUACAAAAGUUAUUAGACAAAGACGAGUAAAUAAUAGGCACAAAAAGCUCAAACUUCAUCAAUCGCUUGAAAAUAGCAUUUCUUCGACAGUCCAACAUCGAAGGACAGAUUCUGAGAACUCAGGGUCAACGACCAAGUACAAUAAAGACCCUAUUAAAAUAAUCGACUGAAGGCCAGUCACGCCUCCUGAAAUCUCUAACCUGAUUACACGUAUAAAACAAAAAGUGAACAGAAUUCAGAUUCUCAAGAUUGUCACUGGAAGUGACGAUGAAAAUUUGACUAUUCAGAUUUAGGCCAAUUUA